AUGGACACGCCCGAAGAGCCGGCCCGGCGUAUUCGGCACAUCUCGGGCGUGGGGAUCCACGAGCUCACCCUCCCCGGCCUGGUGGUGACGACAGGCUCACCCCGAAUGAGACGGACGAGCCACUCGUCCCUCGAGGCGCCGCACGGUCGCUCGCGCGCCCCAACUCUGGCCGGCGAGGGAUUACAUCCCCAUCCCCAUCCCGUUCCCGUGCCCGAGGCAGGGAGCGACCUAACCGCCCGUCCUCUGGCGCGCUGCUUCGUCUCCCUCACCCUCCCCGAAGAGGACCCUUUGCCUUCGCCUCCACCAACACCGGUCCGCAGUUCCUCCGCAGCCAGCCGGACGCGCCCAUCAACCCGCGCUCGUACCACUUCACUACCCCCCAAGCCGGUGCGGAGCUCCAGCAGUUCCAGCCUCGCCUCCAUUCCCUCCAUUCCUCCAUCGCCCGGCUCGCCAAGACGAAAUGGGAGCGCGUGGCCCGAGAAACGCAGCAACCGCCCGGCACAAGUCCGCCGCUCGACCCUCGGCUUCCCGGCCAGGACUGAACGAGCUGGCCCAGUCCCGUUCUUCCUCUCCCCGAUCCACGAACCGUCCACCCAACCCCGGUGGGCCAAUAUCGAGCGGGGCGACCUAGCUCCAUGGAUCACCGGCGCUGAAUGUGCUGGCUCGCGAGUCGACCUCGCCGUUUGGGUCGAGGAACGCGGUAAAUGGCACCGCUUGCCCGGCGUUGGUGGGAUCAUCGACCUCUCCGAACUCGUACCUGUUCCGCAAGGUGCUGUACUGCCGCCCAAUUCUGUGGAGUUUACAUUUACAUCCUCUCCACGCACAGCAUUCUACCUACCCCCAGAAGGAGAGAUAGGGCCACGCCGAGAAGACGAGAAAGGCGUCGUUGAGCGCAGCAUGCGAGAGACGCGUAUGAAGAAGGGGGCGAAUUUCGGCGGGCUGCACCAACUUGUCAAUAUCCAGUCGGUGAUUGCCGAUACAGGGCGGAGUAUCGCCGACCUGCAGCACCAGAUUGACACGCUCAUCUCCGCCGACAGCGACCGCUCAACACUCAAGCGCGACGUUAGCGAGCGCGCCCUCCGCGUCAGAUGGAUCCGGGAUCGCGUCGCCGAGGUUGAGCGCACGACUGAGGAAGCACGCGCACGCAUGACGCUCCAUCGCGGACGCCUGGAUGCGCGGCGCGCCCUUCUCAAGGCAGCGAUCGAAAGAGCCGAGCAGACGCGGGCCCAGAGCGCAGAGCUCACCACGGGGAUUUCCGAUAUAGAGGAGCAACGAGCCGACAUCCUACCCCAGAUCUACAAGCGGCGUGCGCGCCACGCGCAGGACCUCGACGCGCUCUUCCCCAUUGUGCCCAUCGACGCUCCGUCGCUCCUCUACUCGGUCCUCGGCGUGCCCCUCCCCAUCCCCAUCGGGCCCAAGGACCCCGCCCCACCCCUCUCCCUCACACCUCAGCAGACCCCCGAAGGCUGUCCACGCAUCGAUGAGCGCACUACCGCCGCUGCGCUGGGGUACGCUGCCCUAGUGCUCCAGCUCAUCGCCAACCUCGGUGGCGCCGCAGCCGGUCUCGCAUACCCCGUGACUUAUGCGGGGAGUAAGAGCCACGUGCGUGACGUCGUGAGCGUUAUGCAAGGCCCGCGCUCGUUCCCAUUGUAUGGCCGGGGCGUCGAACGCUAUCGCUACGAGUACGCCGUGUUCUUGCUGAACAAGGAUAUCGAGCUGCUGAUGUACGAGGCGGAUAUCCGGAUGCUCGACCUGCGACACACCCUCCCCAACCUCAAAAACAUAUUGCUCAACCUCUGUUCUUCCGAACCACCAGCCCCAGGACCAGUUAUGGGACCAGGAUGGGCGAGUGGCGCUGGCAGCCGCACGUCUAGCCGCCAACCUAGCUUAAGUUGGGCAUUGCGGCAGCGCAGUGCCUCUCUGGCCUCGAUCGGUUCCAUCCCCCGCCGCUCAGUCAGCGUGAGCCUGCAAGGAGACUCACCGUCGUUAGCCGCGGCAAGUAUUGUGAGCGUCGGCCCAACCUCUACAGCGGCGUCGGACAGCCAGACGGGAUUCACCACCCCUCCAACGGUGUCGCCACCGCACUGGACGAGUCCGCAGCGUUCAUCUCUGAGCAGAGUGGCAGCCAGUGCAGAGGAAGAUAGUGGUUCAAGCUCGGACGCGACAGUCGAGCCAGAGUCCCCCCGCUCACCGCCUACCAUCAAGGCGUGA